CAUUAAUCCACAAAUAAAUAAACAUAAAAAAAAAAGAGGCCUACCGGCAGUAAAAUACCAACCAAAUCAUUCCCCAAUGUGAAAAAAAAGGCAUGCUAAGGAAACAAAAAUGGACGAAAAACAACAGUGAAAUGUCGAUGAAAAUCCAGGGACUUUUUCUCUUACAUGUCCCCUUUAUCAAUCAAGAUGCCCCAUUUCUCGGGUCUUCUCAUGGAACACAAGCCCUCAAAGCAUCAGCAGCAACUGCAGAUAUCUCAAGGCCAUGUUCCACACCCAGACAUGGCCCUAAACAAACCACAACAGCUAGACGACAAUAAAAAGAGGCAGUUGGCACCCAAGAGGAGAUCGAACAAAGACAGGCACAAGAAGGUCGACGGCAGAGGCAGAAGAAUCAGAAUUCCAGCUCUUUGUGCAGCAAGGAUUUUUCAGUUGACAAGAGAACUAGGACACAGAACCGAUGGUGAAACAAUUCAGUGGCUUUUGCAGCAGGCCGAGCCUUCAAUCAUUGCUGCCACAGGCACCGGUACGAUUCCGGCAUCGGCUGUAAUAGCUGCUGAGGCCUCCGUUUCUGGACAGGGGGACUCAGUUACCUGUGGUUUGUAUUCAAGAUUGAUUGGUGAAGAUGUUCUCGGCAGAUCAAUGGGGAUUUGGCCCUGUUUGAAUGGUUUUGGAUCAGGGAUUCUGCAGAAUCCCAGUGAUUUGGGCUCAAAUCAGACAGGGAAUCGUGUGGGUAAAAUCGGGUUCCAGGGGUUUGAGUUUCCAGGUUCAGGGAGCUUUGGGCAGCAUGGUCCAGGCCUGGAACUUGGCCUUUCUCAGGAGGGGCAAGUUGGAGGGAUGAAUCUUGAAGCAUUAAGCCAGUUUUAUCAGCAGAUGAGGCAGCAGAAUGGAGAGUGUAGUGGUUUGAGUAGUCAUCAGGAGCAGAAUCAUGGCGAGGAAAAUUCUCAGGGAUCAAGAGAGUAGCGAUGUGAAAAUUUCAGGGAAGAGUUUGUCUGUUUUGGAUUCCGUGUUUGAUGGAUUGAUACAACCUAGGACUGUAAGAAAUUGAAGGGUGUUUAAGGUUUGAUUUUAUUGCUAAUACAACAGAAAAAAGUGAUGGAGUUGAGCAAAAUUUCAAUCUUUAAUCUGCACAUAUGGAGGCUUCAAGUGACUACAAGAGUUGCUUGUGUUCUACUUCGCAGCGUCCCCCUCUCCACCUUUGGGGACAUUCGUGCAGCCUAAUUCGGUAUAAACUAUUAGAUCAUAUGUUACGAUAUGAGUAUCUUUUAAUAAAAAAAAAUUAUUUUGAUCUGUGAUUUAUGUCGACAAUCCCCAAUUUUGAGGUGUGUUGCCAACUUUUAGGACAUAUUAUUAGCUUGUAUUUUAGUACAAGAAAGCGAAGUUUGUAGUAGUGGGCUUGUAUGCUUGGAAAAGUUUCUUGAAAUAGAAAACUUGCAUUUCAUUUCAUGAAUGGGG